AUUUCGAUAUUACCAAUAUGGACGCCUCUGCGUCCGAUGGUUCUGGACGAUUCUCAAAAAGGACUUCGGUGGCGUCAAGUCGAGUGCCCGAGACCGACUUGGUUCCUCUAAACUUCAGCCACACUUCGAGAGGCAUCAAGAAUGAGUUGCUACUUCACGAAGCAGCCAUCAAGAACGAUGUUGCAACGCUCAAGCACCUCAUUGACUCGAAAGUUGACGUCAACGCUAGGACCCACAUGGAGAGGGUUCCACUUCAUUGGGCAGCGGCGCACGGCCAUCUUGAAUCCAUGGCUGCCCUCAUCCAGGCGAAGUGUGAUGUUGAGGUGACGGACAAGUACGGCAUGCGGCCGCUGCUAAUGGCCGCCUGGUUUGGUCAUCGGGGCGCCGUUCAACUUCUAGUCGAGAGCGGGGCGAGUUGUCGAGCCGUCAAUCGCCAAGGGCAGACGACACUCCACUGCGCCGCUCAGAACAACCACCACGAAGUACUGGCCUUCAUGCUUGACUCGACCGAGACCGUCAAAGUGAACGCCGUCGACAAGAACGGGCAGACGGCACUGCAUCUGGCAGCCAUCAACAAUUGCAUGGAGAUUGUGGAGAAGCUGUUGCAGCACAGGGCAGACCCAAACAUCAAGGACAAGUGCGGCUGCACGGCGCUGCAUCACGCUUCCCAGCGGGGUCAUCACCUAGUUCUGGUGCGGCUACUACGAAGCAACAUGGACACGGACGAGCCAAACUAUGAGCGGAGUACACCAUUGCAUCUGGCAGCGCAGAAUGGACAUCAAUCGGCUGUUGAGAUCCUUCUCGAACACCGGUGCAACGCUUCAAUCAUCGACGCUAAAGCGAGGACGGCUCUCCACAUUGCAGCGUCCCUGGGUCACCUCGAAGUGGUGGAGACGCUUCUGCGGUUCGGGGCUUCACUCACGGUCAAGGACAAGCAUGGAAAUACGCCUCUCCAUCUGGCUGUGCUUGGCUGCCACUCUAGCAUGACGGAUCUCCUGGUCAAGAAAGGGGCGUCUGUCAACUCGACCAACAGCAGGCUUCAGACACCACUGCACAUGGCAGCUGAACUCGGCUUUACGGAAGUAGUCCAGGUUUUGGUCAGCCACGGGGCUGAUCUCUUCCUUCCAGAGAAGGGUGGCCGAACCGCACUGUACAUAGCGGCACGGGGCAGCUACACGGCAAUCGUGGACAUGCUCAUCACGGCCGAGCGCGAGAUAAAGCACAAGACGCGAUCCAAAGAAUCCUCCGUGACAACGCUUCAGCCCGGCUCGCGGCAGUUCUGCAACAGCCUGGUGGACAUCAAGGAGGAGAGCGUGGGCAGCGACCAGCCCCAGCAGGGCGCCGAAGCCGAAGAGACGGAGAAGCAGCGCCAGCAGAAGCAGCAGCAGAUGCAGAGGCUGGCCUGGACCCUGGCCAAGGAGCUGCUCACGCCCAACGACUGGAAGCACCUGGCACGCCACUGGGGCUUCACCGCUGAGCACAUCAAGGCCAUCGAGCACCAGUACACAGGCAAGUCGAGCUAUAAGGAGCACGGCUACAGGAUGCUGCUGAUCUGGCUACAUGGGCUGCCUGCCACAUCGAAUCCCCUGAAAGACCUCUUUGAAGCCCUGGUCGCCAUCGACAAGAGGGACGUAGCAGAGAAGAUCCGCAAGAAGGCGGAGGAGAACGCGUACGGCCCCCGGCGCUUCAACCCGGGCAAGCUGUGCCACAUGUGCCGCCUCUUGUGACCGACGGAGCUGUGGCGCCUGUGGUUCGGUCGCCACUAAGGGCCCCACUCUCUCCUCCGGGCGCAAGCACCAAGUGCCUGUGCCACCGCCGCCGCCCUCUCUUUAGGGGCGGCUGAGUUCACAUUAUUCUCUCUGUUCGCUUUUACGUUGCUCGGCGAAGACUCGAGACGCCAUUCUAAGACAGACUGAUUUUCCGCCGCCCGGACCUCCGCACCAUCACUUUCCUUUUGUCUUGACUCGGGGAAAAACAACGAUGUGCCAUUCUGUUUUGCCGUGCAAAACGCAUCAGCAAGUGGCAAUGAAGAUGGCAUACUCGCUGACAGAAUGAAAACAGCAGGGCAUCUCUUUCCGAUGCCCGGCCUUCAGCACACGCUUGGUUUCUUCCGUCGUGCUUUGGCUGCAUGUGCACGCUCGAGGCUUGCGAGGAGCCGAUGCAUUCUCGAGGUUAGGAAGCACAUGCUGGAGGCUGGACAGCUCAAGGACCUUUAUGCCAUUUUAGCCCUGUCGAUGCGCAUGCAGGGAGCAAGCUGUCUGCUUCUUGCGUGGGAGUUGUGGUGACGUCAGAAUGACGCCGAAUUCUGACUAGCUUUGAUUGAAAGGAUGGUGGGUGGGCCUCAAUGCUAGUUGCCUUGUGGUCUACCCACCAUCUUUCUCAAUCAGCCAAUAAGAGCUCGGCAUUCUGACAUCAUCGCAAACCCUGCGUAAGAAGCGGACAAGCUUGUGCUCCGCAUAGUUUUUAAAGCCUAUUGAACCCAGAUGCUUUUACGAGAAAGCUGCUGAACGUUUUCUUUUGUUCCGCAUUAUUUGGCCCAUAUUUCGUUGAAAAGAUUACAAGGUAAAGUAGGUAGGUACCUUCAGAUUUAGAAAAGACACGGGCUCUUCAGAGUGGAAGGUACCUUCAGAAAAGACAGUCGGGCUUGCCAAUAAGAUGAAAACAAGAAUAUCUAAAAUAGAAAGUAUAUUAGAUAAUGGAUGCAAUGGAACUCAUCUGCCUAAAAUUUGGUCAAAGAUGUUCCUUCAUUGUUUUGUACCCCACUGUAAUUUUGAUGGAUAUAUUUUGAUCCUGUCUUAUACUAAUGAAGCUUUUUUUUUUUUUUUCUUUCAGCACCUUUUAGAGUGCCUUGCAUGUGCAAUAGCAUUUUGGUUCUGAGAUGUCGUUCGGACAUCCAACGUUUUGUGACAAUGCCAACAUUGAGUUUGUUCGAGUUAUGUGGGAAAGAAUGUGUGGCUGGUGAUUAGAGGGAUUAUAGAGGUUUGGUAUUGGACUUUAAAAGUAUGACAGGAUGGGCGGGAGGAGCGCUACAUUUUUGCCGACAUAACUUGGCGGAUGCGUCAUGCCUUGGGAACGUCUGGUACCCCAGUGAUCUUUUGUGUACCUUUGACCUGUUUCUGCUUCCUGGCUUACGAGUCUUCGAGCUUUCAGAACGGAGAGAGUUUGGGACAAAACGAAAUGCCAGAAAUAAAUACAGAAAUAGUUUGUGCAGGGUAAAUUUUAUGAGCAUAAAAUCAUCCCCUUGCUGUGGCAUUGUUAGAAAUGUACUGUUCAUGGUAUUACAAAAUCCUGAGUGGGAACCUGUUGAGUCUCGAAGAAUACAUUUCACAGAUUUCUGAAGAAGGGAAAUAGCAUUUCGCCUUUGAUUGUAACAUGGUUUUUUUAGGAGUGACAGUUUUGACAGGAUCACGACAUGCUUUACUGGAGGCACACGUCAAAUGCUCUUUUUGCUCUGACAAUUUAAGUGUCAAAGUUGAACUAACAAAACUUCAGUUUCGUUAGUUUAACUAACUCCGACACAUAAAUUGUGUUAUGUACCAAUCGCUCGAUGACGGACUCACCAGUUAAAUCUUUGAGAGGAUGCGGUUUAUUGAAACUUUAUACUUGUAUUUUGUGCAUGGCACACUAGAGGCAUUUGGGAUGAUGUUGCAACACUGUCUUGGGGCUGUACGAUCAGAAUGAAUGCAGGUGGAGACAUUUCAACAGGAGAUGUAUGCUUGAGUUCAUGGAGCAGAUUCAGCCAUAAGAAAUGCAGCAAACAGAGAAAGGGCAACCUGAGUAAACAAGGGUCAGUAGCAUAUCAUGAAUUGCAUAUUAUUAUCAUUUUAAAAGUUGAGUCAAUGUGAGCAUGGAAUAACAGAAAACAAGGGAAAGGUGUGAACUUUGGAACCCGGGCUUGUUUUUGUCUAGACCGGCCAUUUUGUAUUGAGUGUGGCAUGAUUACUGGCUUCCAUAUUUUUGCAUAUCGACCAAGAGCUCCAGGGGUUGGAAAUAUGCAUAUUUUAGUGUAUGUGUUUGGUGACAGCAGACGACACUGCGAGAAAGGAGCAACUUCUGGCGCGAUUCUUAUAGCUUACCUACAAUUUGGCGAUUGGAAGAGAAAAGAUGCGAGAGUCACUGUAGGUGGAGUCAAUAAAGUCGCCCUAGCAUUGGCCUUCCAGAGACCACCAGACCGCUAAUUUCAUCAUCUGGAAUUACAGUAGUGCUUGUUUAACGGACUGCUCUUUUGCAGGUCUAUACCAUACCCUACUCGAUGCCAGGUCACGUAAUAUAGUGUUCAAUCUGGUGGUAACUUGCGACAUCUGUUGGGAAUUUGGGUGUCACGCUAAGGGGGCACGAUUUUAGGCUUUUCAAACAAAUAACUCUUGCAGAGUUGAGUCAAGCAAGUGGAACAUAGGAAAGAUUAUUUCCCAAAAGUUAUAGAUUUGUUGUUUUACAGUUCUUUCAACCUUUGUGGCAUAGCUAUUUUUUAAUUUUUAGUUUUAUUUCUGCGCUUGUUACGGUUUGGUUUCGUUCAUAUUAAAAAGAGUAUUCUUUCCUUUUAAAAUAAAACACUGUAAAACAAACUUUUUUUAUUUUUUUUUUUGGUGCAGGGAAUUGUAGCUUGUUUUAGCAUGAGACUACUAACUGGAUUGCUGAAACAGGACUGAUAGCAACCCUUGUAUGAUGACCAUGUUUGCAAAUCUCUCUGUGAUUUAUCCAAUGCACUUGAUUGUCACUGUCUUCCUUUUGAGUGCAAAAAGCAAAGGUGUAUAUGAGUACGACAAUCAAGAGCCCACUGAAGGCAGUAGUACGCUAGAACAUCGGCGUUUGUUAGACGUCAUAAGAUGUAUUUACGAUCCGCCAUACUGUGUGCCUUGUCAACACUCUUCACAAGUAUGGCAGGUUAGUUUUCACGACGGGGAAUACUUCCUUACAUGCAGAGCUGCGACCACGUUGAUCGUGUAAGGAAAUUAACUUCCUACAAUCAGGUCUGGUCUCUGUUACUUUUUUCUUUUCCUACGGAUGUUCGCAUUAGUUUUAUGCACCAUAAUAAUUUGCAUUUUUCGCAAUCUCCCAAUGUGUUCAAAAGAAAUAUAUAUAUAUAUAUAUUAUAUCUAUAUGUGUAUUGUGUGUGCGAGUGUGAAAGGGUAUUGUCAUUUUAUCGAACUCGUACAGCGAGCAAAUAUUGUUACCGUGUUUUGUUUCUUUGGCAACCUUGACUAAGCCUGCUGUGUAUGAAAAAAAAAAAAGGAUGUGUUCGGUUGCCACAUUCUAAAUGUUUUGCGUGUUUCCGAGCAUUGUUGUUGCCAGCUUGUUGUUCAUGGAUCUUCAGGCCGGUGUUGGCUGUCGUGUAAAUUAUUGUUUGUUUGUCAUUAGACACGUUGAUGUGGUUUAUACAUGUUCGGAAUUUCUGAAUGAUGGUUUUGUACAGUGUUGAGAUAAUGGAAUCUCUGUGUGCGACAUUGUUUGGAUUUAAAAGUCGGAAGGGGAGCAUAGGAGGCUCCAUGUACAUACUAGGCAAACUGUCAUUUACAACUUUCUCACGUAAGUUUUAUUAAAAAAAAUGUGAUAUAAAGGAAA